GCCAGAGGGGCUGAACACAGCAGCACAAACUCAGAGGUCUGGGACGUAUUAUUACAAAAACUAGAGGAUUUAAGGUCAGUGUGUUUGCAGACAGGAAGCCUCUGCUGCUGUUUCACUGAGGAUCAUGGGAGCUCUGAUGGAGAUCAUGUAGACUGUUUCAGAUACAAGUCAGACUUUUGCUCCUCAAAUCUUCUACAACAACAACAAGAGAGGAGAGAUUAACCUGCUGGGACGAGUCCAAGAGAGCCAACACUUAAUCACAAGGGCCUGCUCUCUUCAUGGAGUUUGAUCGAUUUGGAGCGGAGGAUAAUGACGAUGAAGACGCUGCUACACAGCUCAUGAUUGAACAGAGUCUGUUGGAGAGCAACAAGCAGAGAGAAACCCACAGAGACAAUGCAGCACGAGACAGCAAGAGCUGUGGUCCAGCAUCUGCAGACAGCAGCAUCGUCGUCACAGCAAUCCGACAAGGUAAUGAGAAGCUGUUGAAGAACUUCUGCGUCCGACAGAGAGAGAAGUUUUCUCAGACAGACAGCCGAGGAUGGACUCCUCUCCAUGAAGCUGCAGCUCAGAGCAACCAAACCGUCCUGGAGCUCACAUUUAAAGCCUCAGGCCCAGACUCAGUGAAAGCUCAUUCUCUGUGCGGUCAGACUCCUCUCUUUGUGGCUGUAGAGAGAGGUCUGAUAGAAAACGCCUCCUUCCUCCUCCAGCAUGGAGCUGAACCAGACUGUCAGGACCAAGAAGAGGACUCUCCGCUGUUUGUAGCCGUCCGCUCAGAGCGCUCUGAUCUGGUGAAGCUGCUGCUCCAGCGGGGCUCCAGGGUGAACCAGGAGGGCCUCCACGGCCGUCGUCCGCUCCACGAGGCCUCUCGUUUGGGGAAACCAGCUCUGGUGAAGCAGCUCCUGGAUGCCGGAGCAGCAGUGGACCCUCGCAGCCACUACGGGCUCACACCGCUGGCUCUGGCUGCUCAGGGAGGACACCUGGAGGUGGUGGAGACUCUGCUAAAGAAAGGAGCAGACGUCCUGUCUCAGGCCCAGGAUGAGGCGACCAUCCUAUACGAGGCAUCUGCGUCUGGAGAUCCUUCAGUCAUCAGCCUGCUGCUGGAGUACGGAGCCGACGCCAACGUGGCUAAACUCACAGGACACAUGCCGAUCCACCGAGUGGCUCACAGAGGACACCUGGAGGCUCUGAAGCUGCUGAUUCCUGUCACUUCAAUGUCAGAGGUGAUCGACAGCGGAAUGAGUCCUCUACACUCUGCUGCUGCAGGAGGGAACACAGACUGUCUCAAGACCUUGCUGGAUGCUCAUUAUGACCCAAACUACAUGCUCCACCCUUGGGUUCGCCGUAGCUAUGAUGAUGAGAGGAAGUCAGCGCUCUUCUUUGCCGUCUCCAACAAUGACGUACAAUCAGCCAAACUGCUGCUAGAGGGCGGAGCCAUGGCCAACCAGGACCCAAUCAAAUGUCUGCAGAUUGCUCUGCGUUUGGGCAACUACGAGUUGAUCAACCUGCUGCUGAGGUUUGGAGCCAACGUCAACUAUUACUGCAGAGUGAACACCACACAUUUCCCCUCCGCCCUGCAAUAUGCUCUCAAAGACGAGGUGGUGCUCAGGAUGCUGUGUAACUUUGGUUAUGAUGUCAAACGCUGCUUCGACUGUCCCUAUGGCAACAACUCUCACAUCCCCGAUGACUACGAGGGCUGGAGCAACACCGUCAUUAAAGACACUCUGUUCUGUGAGGUGAUCACUGUCUCGUGGCUAAAACACCUCUCUGGUCACAUCGUCCUCAUCCUAUUGGACUAUGUGGAUCAUGUGUUUCUCUGCUCCAAGCUGAAGGCAGCAAUAAUGGAGCAGAAGCAAUGGCCUGACAUCUGCAGACUACAGGAGAGCGCUCGCUGUCUGCAGCAUCUCUGUCGUCUCAGGAUCCGUCAGUGCCUGGGCCGUCUUCGUCUUCGGUCUCCUGUCUUCAUGAGCUUCCUGCCGUUACCGGGGCGACUGAAAGAAUACAUCCAGUACAGAGAGUACGACCUGUAUGCUCAGCAGAGCAGCACCCCGGGGUGACAACAACACAGAAAGGACUUGUAAAACACCCACAGAGCUUCUUCAUCAUGCUUUAUGGUCACCUUUUUGUGUUUAACUCAUCAUUUGCUUAUUUAAAUGGAGCCAUGAGGGGAAAAAAUUCUUUAUUUUGUUGCAUUUUUCUAUUAAAAUGUUUUCUUAUACCUUGAA